GUGUUGAAGGGCUAUUUUCCUGAAUACGAAAGGUUUUGUGCUAGAACCGUGGUUUCACUGUAAUUGUAUCUCUCUCUUUUUUUAGAAAGUUGAGACCUCAUUAAGAAAAGUUCUAGGACUCAGUAUGUCAAGGUAUGGUGCAGCUCUGGCAUUUCCCAUUUGGUUAAUGCUGGUGUGUCAGUCUGGAUGCUGCCUCGUGGACUCUAUAACCGCUGCAAGUGGUUUUAGCCAUGUGCAUGAUUACAUCAACAAAUCAAACUGGGAUCAAGACUAUUGUGAAAGAAAAAGAAAAGUAUCUCAUUUUGGUGGCUGGAGACUUUCCACAGAAAAAUUCACAGCCACACUUCCCAUUGAUCAUAUUCAAGAGAAUUAUAUUCGUGAAGUGCGAGACGUCAUUUUUUCAUUUGUCUACCCUACACCAUUUAAAUCCAGAGUUCUGCUUGUAGCUGUCUCAAAGGAAGUCUUGGAAGAUAUUUUGGACCUGGAUAUAUCCAUCUCAGACUCAGAGGACUUUAUACAGCUUGUCACUGGUGCAAAAAUUGCCUUGGGAUCUCUGCCUCUGGCCCACAGAUAUGGUGGCCAUCAGUUUGGUAGCUGGGCAGGUCAGCUGGGUGACGGAAGAGCCCAUUUGAUUGGUGUUUAUACAAACAGGUUUGGUGACAGCUGGGAGCUGCAGCUGAAAGGUUCAGGAAGGACUCCGUACUCUAGGAAUGGGGACGGCAGAGCUGUGCUCCACUCUUCUGUUCGAGAAUUCUUAGGAAGUGAGGCUAUGCAUUAUCUUGGAAUUCCUACAAGCAGAGCAGCUAGUUUAGUUGUGAGUGACGAUGACGUGUGGAGGGAUCGGUUCUACAAUGGGAAUGUUAAGAAAGAAAGAGGUGCUAUAGUUCUGCGUGUUGCCCAAUCAUGGUUUCGAAUAGGAUCAUUAGAAAUUUUAGCUCAUUCUGGAGAACUGGAUUUGUUAAGGAUGCUGUUAGACCAUAUCAUAGAUGAGCACUUUCCAUCAAUAGACAUGAAUGAUUCAAACAGAUAUCUGGCCUUCUUCUCUAGAGUAGUGUCUGAGACUGCAGGUCUGAUUGCCUUGUGGAUGUCGGUAGGCUUUGCUCAUGGUGUGUGCAAUACAGAUAAUUUCAGCCUGUUAGCCAUAACUAUAGAUUAUGGUCCAUUUGGUUUUAUGGACUGUUAUGACCCAGAUUUCGUCCCAAACACAUCUGAUGAUGAAAGACGGUAUAAAAUAGGAAACCAGGCAAACGUCGGACUGUUUAAUCUGAACAAGCUGUUACAGGCUCUAAACCCUUUAUUGGCUCCCAGACAAAAGCAGCUGGCUUCUCAGAUACUUGAGGAAUACCCAGAACAGUAUUAUAAACGCUUCACAGAACUAUUCAAAGCAAAAUUAGGUCUCCUAGGCAACAAUCAGGACGAUAACUAUUUGAUUGCAUUCCUUCUAAAACUCAUGGAAGAUACAAAAGCGGAUUUUACAAUGACUUUUCGGGAGCUCAGUGAGAUUUCAGAAGACCAGCUGAAGAGCAUCAGCAUUCCUAAAGAAUUUUGGGCUCUGCAAGAUGUGGCUAAACACAAGCUUUUUUCCAGCUGGGUUGUGUUGUACCUCUUGAGGUUAAAAAGGAAUCCAGGUGAUUCUGAUUCCAAGCGAAGCAAAAGAAUGACGACACUUUGAAGCAUUUGGGAAAAUAGCUUUGAAAAGGAAAGCCUCAUAUAGCUAUCAUUAUGCUACAGCUAUAUGUGCCUCCUAAUGCUGCUUACCAUAUUGGAUAUAAAAAGAAACAGAUUUGUCUUUCAUCUCCAAAAUCCAUUCAUCUGCCCUGCUGGCCCUGAAGAAUUACAGGACUUAAAACACAGAUAGUUGAGCAAGCACCAUCAGGUAUAUAUUAAUGUUGUAUAUUAAUGACAUUAAUCUGCCAGGAUUGCAGGCUUGUAUUGGUUUUUCAUUCCAUAUCAGCUUCAGGAUACCUCUAGGAUCCUGGAAUACCUCCAAGAUCAGAGGCAUUCAUCAUAUCACAGGGAGCAAUUGCAACAGAGGGCGGUUGCUCCCAUGACUGGCUUCUGGGCUUUGCGUAGGUAUCUGGCCCAAUAUUACCAGACACGCACUUGAAGUCUCGGUCUGUUUACAAGAAUCUCCACUGAUCCCACAAUUCACUGUAAACCUCUUCGUAGAUGAGCAUUUAUUGUUCUGGUGGAUAGAUUGGGUGGUUUCAUUUUCAAAUGCUGUCUGACUUCUAACCCUAACCAGUUUGGGACAAGUUGGAGAGAAAAAAUAAGGCUGUUUCAGAGCCCCUCACCCCAUCCAGGAGCUGUAACAAAUCUUUGGUUGUGAUUACGUUCCUCCCAAACAUUUGUUACAUACACCGUGAACAUUCUCGAGUGCCUUACUUGUUAAGUUUUAAUUUAAAGGGAUUUGAAAGUGGCCACCUUCGAACUUCUCUUUCUUUGACAAGUUUCUAGUGGUGGGAAAACAGAAGGUGCAUUCUUUUGCUUGUUAAGAAUGGGAAAUCAGUGCUACUUUUGAAAAGUAAAGUUAUAUAAAAAUUGUAUAACCUAGAAAUAAGGAUUGAGGAUGAAAGAAGCCUAUCAUAAAUUGUCACCUUUUAAAUAUUUCAGAUUCAGGAAAACUUGGGAACACUCUUUUCCUGCACUAGUGCAGCUGUAAGUUGUUGUGUUGUGAUAAUACAGGCAAUUUCACACUUAAUUCUAGGCACUCUGAAAGUAGCAGGGUGGUGAAGGAAUUGUAAGCAUGAAUUUUUCUUCCUGUUUUAAUGUCCAUUUCUUUCAGAUCCUUAAUUACUUCCUUAUAUCGGUCUUAAGAAAAGAUGUGGAUGUCAGUAUAAUAAAUCUCAAGAGAAAAGCCCCUGCUGAUUCUUUAUAUGUGCAAAUAGAUUCUUAUUUUUGG